UUCAUGCUUUCAUGAGUCAAUUCGUUUUCAUUUCGCUUCUACACUCGUUGAUUACUAUAGAAGCAAUUCUGUUCGUGAAAACUGAUGAAAGAAUUGAAUGCGCAAUUAUAUUAGCUAAGUUACAAAAUUUCUACGUAAUCUAUCGGAAUUCGAUCCAGUUAUUCACAGAAUAGUAUAUUGUUACGUAAUUACAUCGAGAUAGGCGUGAAAUUCCAUGUGUGUUUCCGAAGAUCCGCGGACCAAAACUCGUGAAAACUGAAUCCACUCGACUGUAAAUAUAAUAAUCACCCUAGGACAGUCAAAUUCUGCUAAUAAUACUCAAAGUAUCUCGUUCCAACUGGAUAUCUGAAUGCCAAACAAUCAAAUAUAAUGCUACGGGAGUUGAUUGCCUGGGUGCUGAACAAUUACCUUGGAAAAUAUGUGGAAAAUCUCAAUACUGCCCAGUUAACAAUUGCGUUGCUGUCUGGUCAGGUUGAACUCGAGAAUCUGCCGUUGCGCAAGGAUGCAUUACGCUAUUCGGGACUUUCUCUCAAAAUCAUCAGUGGAACUAUCGGUAAAGUAAAACUAACUGUUCCAGUGCGGCAGUUUCGAACAGCGUCCUGGUGUCUGAACAUCGACAAUGUGAACGUAGUGUGUGGUCCGAUCGAUUUGAAUGAGUGGAAUCAAGAAAUCGAACAACAAACCGAGCUUGACUUCAAAAUUGCCGCGCUAGACAGACUGGAAGCCAAAUGGCGUGCUCAACGGGAAACGCCAGUUACGGAAGGCAGUUAUUACGCUUCCUCCUAUUCAGGAUGGCUCAGUUAUGGUACGUCGUUAAUGACAAAUAUUGUCGAGAACUUACAACUGAAGGUCAACGGAAUUCACAUCCGUUAUGAGGAUGCCAUAACAAUUCCCAACCAAAGGUUUGCGUGUGGAAUCACAAUUGAUGCUCUGUCUGCGCAAAGUUGCGAUGCCAAUUGGAUCCCCGGACAGACAUCGAACUGGGCUCAACAGCAAGCAACAUUCAAGCUGGUAGAAUUAACUAACUUUGCAAUCUAUUGGGAUCCGUUGGCUCGAGAGGAGCAAGUGUACAUUAUAAAUCCUAUUAGCGCCAAGGCACAAUUGAAACGUGAUCGUAGUGACACACCACUACGAACACGCAGUCGGCCGCGUUUGAUAUGCGAUUUGAUAUGGGAUGAGAUAAAAAUUACGCUCAGUGAUAUCCAGUACAACCAAAUGAUGCAAUGUGUUCGUGGAUUAGAUGAUAUCGCCCGAUAUCGGCGUUUUAAGUUGAACAGACCGAAUUGUACAGUUUUUGAAGAUGCAAAGGCCUGGUGGCGGUACGCAGUUCGAUGUCAUGGUUUCGUAAGACGUACCGAAUUUGAUCCAUUCGAGAAAGCCAAAGAAAACUUGCGCUAUAUCAAAAUCUAUGCUCGAGUUAUUACGAAUCCAAAUGAAGUGUUGUCAAGUGAGAACAAAUCUUUCAAAGAUCGCAUCGAGCGGCAGCGAAAUUUCGAAGAGCUGCGUCUGCUGAGAGAUAUUUGCAUGAUGCAGAUGCCAUCACUUGAUACAAUCGCCCAAAUGAAUCAAGGAAAAAGCAUGUUGGUCCACUUUUUCCCACAAUGGUGGGGUUGGUACAGCAGUAGUGAUGCAAAUAGUGUGGAAGAUUCAACUCCCCCGGAGGAUCAAAUCGCAGAUGAGUUCGAAGAUAACUGGGGUCAAAAUCAGGAUCUCAGUCCGGUUAGCAGCUUUGAAGAUGAAAUUUUAAAUGCUCUAGCAGAUUCGGUUGAUACCAAUUCUCUCUUGAAACGGGAUGCUGUCUUCGGUAAAUUUAACUUUGUGCUGAAACGCGGAACCAUUGAUUUUUGCAGCGCUCUCGAAAUGACACCUAUGUUGCAAUUUCAGUUUCAAAAUCUUAAGCUGGACUUAGAAACGAGACCACGAAGUGGUUCGCACUAUCUAAGCCUUUCGCUAGGGUCUAUUUUAAUCAAAGAUCGUAUCACACCAAACUCACAGUUUCCGGACUUGGUGAAACCUCAAGCCAAAGAAGAGUUACCAAUUAAUCCAAAAAUGGCUCCUGCUAGAUCGAGAAGCCAAUCGUUUCAGCUGCAAUCAUCUCAACCAAUUUUCGAGAUGCAAUACGAAAGAAAGCCACUUGCGUACGACACAGACUAUCGACUAAUGGUGAAAUCCCAGUCACUAGAUAUUGUUUACAAUACCGAUGCCGUCAAGUGGUUGUUAGAUUUUCUCACCAAACCUCAUCAGCAGUACGACACCCGGCGGAAGCUGGAAGACAUGAAAAACAAAACAAAGAUGGAGCUUAUGCGGAACUGGAAGAAUAUUCUAGAAGGACAUUUGAAUACUAGGAAAACCUGGACAUUAGAGUUCGACAUAUCCGCCCCUCAGAUAAUAUUUGUAGAUAACUUUUCCGACCGUCAAAACAGUACGAUAGUUGUCGUAGACUUCGGUCGGUUACAGCUUACCAACGGUAAUAGACCAUUGUCGGAUACAGUGCAGAGCAAAAAAACUAAUAAUACAGAUGUUUCUCCCGAAUCGAAAACUGAGAACGACGAAGAUGACGCAUUUAUGACUCCUUGUUCUACUCCGCCGGGUUCAGAAGCCAGUACAACCAAUUCUCCGACGCUUGAAACCGCCUUUUCUGAAUUACCUGAACUUGGCACAGUAAACGCUGACGCUUUGGAUGAACAUACCCUCUACAAAAAAUUGUAUGAUCGAUAUCAACUUCAUUUGACUGACCUCCAGGUGCUGGUAUGUCGUGGAAAGGAACGGUGGAACUUCGCAAGCACCAAGGGCACUUCCACACUACACGUUCUGGAUCGUUUCAGUAUAUCGCUACAAGUAGAACGACGGGUAGUUUAUACAAGCGAUCCACAAUACCCAAGUUUGACUAUGUCCGGUAUUCUACCGAAGCUAAAUGCGCAUAUAAACGAGUACAAGUUGUCAACAUUGUUUACUCUUGUAAAUACGCUUUCUAAAGUGACACAAGUCCGAGGAGCUGAUGCUCCCGAGGGCCAUGAUGAACUUCAUCCCAACAGUAAAGAUAGUUCAGUUCUUCCACCGAGUGAUGAAAACAGUAUCACUGAAAAUAGUUCGGCCUGCCGGAAAGAAUCUUCAAACGUAAUAGUGUUUCAAUUUACCAUCGAUCAGCUCUCGUUGGAAGUACAAUCCAGGGGAAGAAGCAUUGCAGAACUUCAGGUUUCAGGAGUAAAAGCCGGCUAUAGCAAGCGACCGGAGGACAUAACGUUAACGUUAUCCGUACAUGGCCUCUUGCUAGCCGAUGCAAUGCAGUCGUUCGGACCGGAUUUCGAGCUCCUGAUAGCCAGCCAUCGGCAUGUGGGCAUGGAUAGUUUAUCCGGAAGUCUACGUCAAAGUGAACCCUGCUCACCGUGUUCCCCGGGGUCCCCGGAUCCAAAUGUUGAAAGUGGCCGACCAACUAGUCCAUUAACAAUUUCGAAAGCACUGAAUAAUCUGCAAAGGGAAGUAACUUCUCCCACAUGGAAUGCUGCCCAACUUGCGGAUCUAGACGCACUCAUCACCGUGGAGUUCAUAUUUGUCAACAGUGAGAAAGUCGGUGAUAAUCUGCAGGUGGCGAACAUACAGUUCAAUAACUUAGACAUCAUAGCCAAUCAAGAGACGAUAGUGGAAUUGCUUGGGUUCAUCAAGCGGGUCGUGCCCAAAGCUCCUCCGAAGCCACCCGAUCAAAACGGGCCCAUACCAAAGCCGGAAGACAAUCUGGAAGUAUCUAAUGGAUCGAUUGCUCCAGCACCCGUUGACAGUGCAGACUCCGGCAAGCCUGGUCGAACAGAGAUUACAUUUGAUUUCCAUCGUCUGAAUGUUCUUAUUCUCAGAGCAUUAAUGAGAGAUAAUUACUUGGUAGGGCGAAAAGUUGGAACAUUCACGAUGUCCGAAGCUAGGAUUCACGCAUCGCUCGGAUCAAACAUGACUGUAGAAGGAUCUCUCGGCGGUCUGCAGGUAUUGGAUCUUACUCCAGAAGGCAUUAACCAUCAGAGGAUACUAUCGGUUGGUAAAGAUCCUCUGACUGAUCCUCCCGAUAUGCGUCGAGUACCGGAUUUGAUGACUUCGUUGGCCCAGGAGGUUUAUGGAAUGCAGCAAAAAGAUACAAUGGAUGGAUUGCGGGAAGAGCGGCAGGCAUUAUCAUUCUGCGUAUCGAAAGAUGUGAAUGCAGUCGUUGAUGUACGCGUCAAAAUGGCUUCUGUGUGGUUUAUACAUUGCGCCCGCUUCAUUCAGGAGCUAAGUUGGUGCGCAUCCGAAUUCAAACACUACCUGAAAAAUUUGGCCCGAUCUAUAAGAGAUAAGGCAACUGAUAUGGCACUUGGUCUCGUGCAAUCCCGCAGUGAUCUUUCAAGCAGCAGACCUGAAAGCAUUUAUAAUUCACCGCGAAAAAUUCGACGACACCAUACAGUUUCUUUCUCAAAAACUCAAGAGGUUUUGCUAAAUGCUGAAUACACAUUAAAAGUUAACAUUACCCUGGAGACCCCGGUACUGAUACUGCCGAGAUCGAGCAGCAGCACACAGGUUUUGGUUGCUCAUCUGGGGAAAAUUUCCGUAAGCAAUGUUCACCAGUUGGAAGACAGUCCUGCUAAUUCUAGUCAAAAUGAUAUAACUACUACUAUAAUUGACGAAGAAAACGUGUUUGAUGAAAACAGCACCUACAAUCUAAGUGACAUGGAUAAUGUACUGGAGGGUUCGGUUGAAAGAAAGAAUUUCAAAGAAAUUCGCUUUGCCAAAGACGAUUCGACCGAAUUUAUUGAUCAGUCGAUGCAAAAUUUCGACCUUUACAAAAUUGAUAUUAAAAAUAUCAAUCUUUACUCGUUGGAUACAACUAACAGAAAAGGGUUUCGAUUUUCGGCAUUACCUCGAGCGGAAGAAUUUUACUCUUGUAAAGAAAAUGCCGUCCCUAUCAUUCAUGACACGAUAUUCUCGUUGGAAAUUUCUCGAGACAACACUGAUAUCGACAGUGACGGGUUUAAAAUUUUCGGCUGUGUUGUAAAACCACUGAGGCUAUCGUUGAAGCGACAACAGUAUGAACAACUACUAGAAACCCUGGACAAUAUGUUUAAAAUUCCCAGAGAUUUAGUACGACCACCGUCGGAUUCCACCGCCCACGAAAGGCAUCCUGAUAUAGUUGAAGAAUCAACCUUCAAUGCAUACCCAAUCACUGACAAGGUCCGGCGUGGUUUGAUGUACCAAAACAGUUUCGAAGAACGGCCAUCUUCUCUAAACUUGAAAGUGAAUUUUGAAUUGCCAGCAUUCAUUGUUCAACUGAACGAUUCCAGUAAUGUGCCUCAGAUUCAGAUAUCUCUGAGAGAUUUUUCCGUGGCCUUUGAGAAACGCAAUUUCUACGAGACUCACGUGAAAAUCUCACUUCGCUCGAUCAUGAUGGAAGACUUACUACAGCCGGAUACGGCCAAAAAUCGAUACAUGGUCAUAUCGUCUUCGCAAAGCGAGCAGUACUGUCGCCCCGCUUCCUCCUUUGCCUCGCAUUCUUGUCCAAACUUGGUCGGCUUAUUAGAAGACAUGGGGGAACUACCGAAUUCUCUCCCAAACAAUCUCGACGAUAAAGCUGGUUUUUACUUUUUGACUGCGAAUAAAUCGUUAUGCCCGGAUACACCUCCACCUUCUCCCUCGGUGCAACGGCAGAACAGAGCAGCGACAAACAGUGAUGAACAAGCAAAUCUUGUUAUCUACACCUCACUAAUGAUCGACCCUGCGUGUCCAACAUUUGCUUCUCAGUUCAAUUCACUUCAACAGUCUAGUUCAAUCGAUUUCAAUAGUCUAGACUUGAUCGUAUCAGUAGAAAGUUGGUUCGUGCUGCUCAACUUCUUCGGACUGCUAAACGACGGCGAUUCAUCGGGCAGUAUGCAAAAACCUUCGUCCGAGCAAACAACACGCGAAGACACACUGUCCACGGGUCAUUCCAAAUUGCAUAUUUCGGUACACUCGCUGUCCCUAGUUUUAGCUAAACCGGACUAUGAAAUAGCGAAAGCGAAUGUUUCCAACGCACAAUUUACAGUGUCCAAAAGGAAUGAAGCCAAACAAGUGGAAGGUAAACUGGGCUCGAUAACGCUCAGUGAUUUGACGUCGCAUGGAUUCAUCUACCGGGAAAAGUUUACGACUACAGGCAACGAGGCACUAAAUUUUGUCUACAUCCGAGACGAAGCGAAGUCAUACGCAAGAAAUUUGCAGAAGGAUGCUUUAUUGAAAAUUCAAAUGUCUUCGGUGCGAUUUGUGCAUACGAAGCGGUUUAUUGCUGAGAUACAACUGUUCUUCAAAGAAUUUUCUCAAUUACAAACGCCUGUGAUGCGUAAGAUCAAACCAACAGACUUGAAAGUGCAUUUAAAUCAGCGACCAACACAGCUAGGGUUAGAAAUCAAUGCAGGAGCCCCAAUCCUAAUUUUUCCCAUGGCUUUUAACAGUGAUCAAGUGAUUGUGGCGGAUUUGGGAGAGUUCACACUGAAAAAUGAAUUUCGCAUGAGUGAUGAUCCCGAUGUUAUCAGUGUAUCCAGUAACAGUAGCGCCAAAGAAGUACUGGACGUGAUGCAUGUCAAUUUGUUCCACACUAACAUAUUUGCUGCUCGCCGGAUAGUUAAACCCGAGAUACAAAUGGAAACAAUGCAAUUCAACGAUGCGACAGUAGAUAUGAAGAACUACUGGUUAGUGAAGCAAGGUCCUAGUUUCUUGAAGGAGACAUGUCACCUGAAACUACAAGUCGAACGGAACAUGGACUCGUGGAAUAGUCAUUUCGUUCCAGAUAUCAGCGUGCACGGAACACUAUCCAAGUUGGAAGCUGUGCUAGACCUACAACAGUACCGACUAGUGAGAGGAUUUCUUUCGUACAAUUUAGGCGAAGCGUUGGAUGAAUUGUACCUUCGGCCGAUGUACAUUCCAAGUAGUACUUUAAGUUUGAAUACCGACACGGAUCCGAUCGAAGAAGUUUGGAAAAAUCUUUCCAUCCACUUGGAACUGCAGGAUGUGUCCGUUCGCUUGGAAACGUUUGAUAGUGAACGAAAACCUACACCUUUAGCGUGUAUCAAUUUCAUUAAAUCUAAGCUCCUGGUGGAUUCUUUAAGUGAUGGAGCGCAAGAUAUCGACUUGGUCUCGCAGGAAAUACUGAUCAAAGAUACGAGGUUUGAUAGGCACUGUUCGCAGGAUGAAGUAAGGAAUGUGUUUCCUGACAUCCUUCAGCCAAUAGUAAGCGAUCCUGCCAACGGGCUAGUCCAAGCUGAAAUACAUAGUAGACGACGAAAAGAUUUGACAAAAUUCACUAUCCUCCUUAACAAUAUGCGAUUGAUGGCUAUUCUGGACUGGUUGGAAAAUGCCAAGGAUUUUAUCCUGCAACAGGAAGAUCAACCUCAAAUUGGAUUAGAGCUCAGAUCAAACGAGCGAACAGCUUCCACCGAUGCGAGUAAACGGGCUCCCACGCCCACGGACGAUAAUCGUAUGGAGUUAAAACUCAACAUCACCGAUUCUGAAUUGUUAUUGGUGGAAAAAACGGAUCAGCAUGACACUAAUGCUGUCAUUCUAAAGAGUACAACCGUUGUGUCAUACCGACCAUUUGAGUCCAAUAAAACCAUGUCGAUAAAUUUGAACCACUUGGAAGUGUUUUCAUGCGUCCUCGGAUCCGAAGAUGGGACAGCCCUGUCGAUAAUUGACCCAGUAACAAUUAACAUGGAUCUUCGGCAGGGCGUACUAGAUAUCCAGAUGCAAAAGCAGCUCUGCAUACGAUUGUCCUAUCACGACGUAAAAAUGUUCCAACGUAUGCUAGAAUCGCUUCCGGGUCAGACAAAGCAUGCACGCGAUAGUAAGCAAACGAGUGUGGAAGAGAGUCAGGAGGCAAAUACGGCUGUGGAAAAACUGGUACUGCUAGGUUUCAAUAGAGGCGAUUGUCUCAAGGCUCUGGAGAAAUGCAAUAAUCAAAUAGACGAAGCAGCUCUAUGGCUAACACAGAACUCUGAACCGCAAAGUUAUUUGUCAGACAAUCGAAAGGUUAUUGAAGCAGUUGAGCUGAAAGCUCCAUGUGUAUCGAUUUGUGUGAUCGACGACUGUCGUGAUGCAGAUGUUCCAUUCGUAGAGCUUUCGUUGAGUAAACUGGAUCUAAGACAGGAACUUGGCCGGUGUUCGAUCAUUGCUAAUGGAGAUGACGGAGAUCCCACUAAUGCAAUAGAAGCGUUUUCGACUACGUUCGCCGGCUUCAAGGCAGGCCGAAUGUCGGGAGUGUUUGCUAGUGACUAUUACAAUCGAGCUUUGAGUGGUUGGGAACCAUUGAUUGAACCGUGGAAAGUUGAAGCCGAAUGGGGCUACAGUUUAGGACAGACCGGUACUAACAGAAACCGGUUGAACUUAAAAAUUGAAAGCAACGAUACUUUAAGACUGAAUAUUACUAGUACGUCGAUUGAUUUGUAUAAACUUGUCAAAGAAAAUUGGACACAAGACUAUUAUAAUUCCACAAAUUCAUCAUGUAAAAGUCCGGUCAACUAUCGAAGGAGAACACCGUUUGUUCCGUUCGCAAUAAAAAAUGACACAGGUGUGAAACUUUGGUACACAACUAUUGUGUCAACGGAAAUAUCGAGAUCUAAUGUAAUGACCGAUCCUGACACUCAGUGGACCCUUGUCGAUCCUGGAGGAGUUACAACAUUCUCCUAUUCUACGAAAAGCAAACAACGGCACAGAGAUACACACAAGUUCAAUUUACAUCAAAUAGCUGUGCGAAUAGAUGGUUGGCAAGAAGUAGGACCAAUUUCCGUGGAUCGUGUUGGAACAUUCUUUCGACACGCCCGAUCCGAUCUAGUAGACGACUACUCGCAGAUACCGCGAGCAAGAAUAGUGUUUGGAGUAUCGUUGGAAGGCUCCGCUCAGAAGCUAAUCACUAUACAGUCUGCCUUAAGAUUGAUUAACAAACUUGAAAAUCCGGUUCUGGUGAAAAUGGAACACCUCUAUGGACAUCUGAACAUACGAAACUGGCCGGAUACGAAAACUCAAAUUCUUCACUCCAACGAAGUACUUAAUGUCCCGUUAACUCACGUACAUGCCAUCCUGUAUUUUAGACCUUUGCCGACCAAUGUUUCCGUUCCCGAUGACGUCAGUGCAAAUCAAUCUCAUUCGGAGGAAGUAAGCAAUUCCAGUGAAGGGUGGACCUUGCUGCAAAAAUUCGAUAUUCACAAAUCCUUCAAUAGCAACAACAACGGUUUUCAGUUUACCGACAAAGGUGUCCGAUGGAAUGAAGCGAUUGAAACCGGAGAGAUCUACCAGGAGCUGAGAACGUGUCGAGGGCUACGUGAGCGAUCCUACAAAAUGUUGGUGUCCAUUCGCAAAGAAAGCUAUCCCGCAAGAGAUGUUAUUUUGCUACCUGGACAUACGAUCACGCUGUGGCCCCCGAUGAGAAUUCAUAACCUGCUUCCGUGCGAUUUAUUGUACAAACUACCAUCGGGAACUCAUGGCAGAAUAUCAGCAUCACAAACAGCUAGGAUAACGGAAGUAGACAUGGAACAGCAGGUGAUGUUGACCAUUACCUUGGAUAGCUAUCCAGAAGCAGGACAGAUCAGUAUUCCUGCAAGUUUCUAUGGUUCUACGGAGUUGGAUGUGAGACUGUUCGAUACCAAAGCUAGAAUGUUAAAAUUAAGAGCCGUCAUCCAUAUCGCGAAAGGCCGUGGCAUACAGAUAUCAAUCAGUGCACCAUUCUGGUUGGUCAAUAGGACCGGUAUACCGUUAGUGUUCCGCCAGGAUGAUUUGGAUAGUGAGAGCUCUGGACAGUUUUCCGAAAACGAACAAGCCAGAAUGAUUUCUCCCUUUAUGUUUGCAUUUUCGGAUCCCUCGAGUUCGGGCUGUUUGACAAUGCGACUUGGUAGACGCUUCGGACAAGGAUUAAACUGGUGCCAACCAUUCAAGCUAGAGCAGGGCACUAAACACAGACAAUUGGUCAGCGGGAACGAGUCAUUUAUUAUAGGAAUCGAGGUACGUCGAGCACGGGGUCGAUACAACCAGACAUCGAUAGUUACGUUCUCGCCCAGAUAUCAACUGUACAAUCGAAGCUCCUACAAACUACAAGUGCUACAGAAAUGCUUCACAGAAACGGUGUAUGAUCCCGCAGUGAAAUCGGCGUUCAUUGAAGCCGUUCCUGGCUGUCAUAUAGCAUUUCAUUGGCCUCGGUUGGAUAAAGAACAAGAACUGUGCGUUCGUUUACCCGAGGUACCCGAAUGCCUGUGGUCUGCCGGAAUUCCCAUCUAUGAAACGCAAAGUCUUUACAUCAAUUUGCGAACAGUGAAUGGAGCGAUGCAAUUUUUACGGUUGGAAACUAUCCUGCAUGGGGCGACCUAUUUCAUGAUUUUCAGCGAUGCCCAAUCGUUGCCACCACCCAUCCGGUUGGAUAACUACUCGGAAGUGCCUAUACGAUUCCAUCAGGCAGCAGCCAAACAUCAAUUCAAGACAACGGUAAAACCACGAAGCUCGAUUGCGUAUGUUCUCGACGAUCCGUUGGGAAAUAAAUAUUUACAGCUAGAAGCGCCAGGGGGUGAUUUUGAAAACUGUUCGCUCAACGGAUUCGAGAAUUUCAGAUUGACUUACGAGAACUUCAUCUAUAUUGCGUUCAGCCAAACAUUUGAGGCAACUCCAUCGUUCGAUUUUGGUAGCCCCAAUGAUUGGGAUGUUAAAACGCAACAGCUAGUGCUGGGAGUGGUGGAUAGUCGGGUGGUUCUGGUUCGAAAGCAGGCAGGCGAUCGUUCUCAGCUGUGGAGAAUGAAUCACGAGAAACAGUUGGAACAUGAAGGUUCGUCACCACCAAGUGAACCAGGCAAAAAGUUGGCAAGGUUUGUGCUAGAUUUAGAAAGACCACCACAACCGAUGCAGUUCAUCAACCUGGUUGUAAGACCGGCCAACCGACAACGAAAGUCGACGCAAACGUGGCGAUUCACCGAAGAAGGUCGACUGAUGUGUGAACACUCGAACAUGAGCGUUCAAGCGAAGGGUGGUAUAUUUGGACUACAGGCUGGAUCCGAAGCAGUAUUAGGAAUGUGUGUUUCAGAAACAAAGGCAUUGAAUCGGUAUGGUGUUCCGUACGACCAAGCCAUUGAACGGCAAAAGCUACGACCCGGCUCAGGCUGUUUGUCCGUAAGCUAUCGUAUGGAUGGACCAAUUAAAUGUAUUCAAAUAAAGGAUGUUAAAAAUCUGUCUGGUGGAGCUUUGGCAUACGACAUGUCGUGGAAGCACGUAUCUCACAUCCUCAGUGAACAACCAGGACGGAAAUCAUUCAAUGAACACGUUCAGAACAUCCACGUACAACAGGAAUAUUACGUGGUUCUAAAUCUGCGAAAGGGGUUCGGAUUGUCACUCAUCUCGAACAAACCUUGCGAAGAGUUGGCUUACAUCACCCUGGAGGACAUCAACAUGGAACUUAUCUCAACUCCUACAGUUAUGUCACUGGACUUUAGCGUAGGAGAUAUGCAAAUCGACAAUCAACUUUUUGAAACUACCUGUCCAAUAACUUUGUACACGAUCAAUCCACCGUCAUUUAAUGAAUCGCCAAACCGAUCGGCUCUAUCAUCGUUGCAACUGAAUGUAAAAUUAUUACCUAGUCCCAACACCAACGCAAUUAUUUUCGAACACUUUAUAUUGAGUAUUCGUCCAGUAUCCGUAUACUUAGAAGAACGCCUGAUUCUGCGACUAAUCAAGUUUACCGGUUUAGCAAAAAGUCCAGUUGAUCCGACUGCUCUUCCAGAUGAAUCCGACUACGAAGCACAAAAAAUUGUCUACAAAGUUCUUGAUGCUAACGUGAAACGCUUCUAUUUUGGAGAUCUGCAGAUCGUCCCAAGCCAGAUAAGACUGAGUUUUAUAACCGCUUCUAAGCUCGCACCGGAAUUUGCAGAAGUGAAGCGAAAUCUCGGAUUUACCUUUAUCAAGUUCGAGGAUGCGAUCAUCAACUUCGAGAAGUUUACGCACAAAUGUCACUUUGAAACUAUGGAUGCAUACUUAAAUGCAAUUAAAUUGCACUAUAAACAGGAGCUGAAAUGGCAAGCAGCAUCCAUACUGGGAUCAGUGGAUUUCCUGGGGAAUCCACUUGGUUUCGCUAAUGAUCUAACCGAGGGAGUUUCUGGUUUGCUGUUAGAAGGUUCGAUAUCAUCACUAGUCAAGAACGUAACACACGGAAUAUCUAACUCAACAGCUAAGCUCACAGAAACGAUUUCCGACGGGUUGGGCAAGGUGGUGUUCGAUGAUGAACAUGUUGAAGCUCGUCAGAAGAUUUUAGAUGUGUCGGGAGGCAGUGGAAGCACAACUGGGGAUCACUUAGUAGCCGGUUUCAAAGGAUUUACUUUUGGUUUGCUGGGUGGUGUGACGAGUGUAGUGAAGCAUACGUAUCACGGAACAGUAAACGAUGGGUUUUCCGGUUUCAUAACAGGCCUUGGGAAGGGUUUGGUAGGAACCGUUACCAAACCAGUGAUUGGGGUACUAGAUCUCGCAUCAGAGACGGCAAACGCGGUUCGUGAACAAAGCAAAAGCUCUAGUCGUAUUCUACCGGAACGGAAACGACAUCCAAGAGUUGUGACGGGUGGCCCUGGUGGAUUACUUCCACCGUACUCAAGCCUGCAAAGUAAAGGUCAGCAGUAUCUGUUUUUGAUAAACAAACGUAACUUCACCGAACAUUUUAUGGCAUAUGAACCGUGCCUGUUGGAUACCAAAGAAUCGAAAAUGAGACUUCUCGUUUCCGCUGAAAACGUGUGGGGUUUUUCAAAGAAUGAAGACACGACAACAAUCGUUUUUCAUUACCGGCUCAGUGAGAUCAUAUCCUGUCAGCCGGUGAUCAUUCCUCCCCCUACCGCAUCAGAUCCCAAUCCGCGGGCCAAAAAGAUUACAUACAUUGAGUUCUGUCUAAUGUUGCCCUCUAAGUCUCUUACUCCUAGCGCACCGGAAAUGGUUAAAAGGCCCCGCGUACGUUGUCAGAACGAAGAAAUCGCCAAAAAGAUAUGUCACCAUAUCAAUUUUGCUAAAUGUAUCUACGACGAAGGUGAGCAAACUCUUAACUCGAACUCUGUGAUUGAACCGUGAAGCGAAACAAGAUUUCUUGUUAUUCGUUACAUAAUGUUACUCGUACUGAAUUGUUUUGGUUAAUGCAAUAAAAAUAAAUUAUUCGUACAUUAUUUGAGACGAUGUUGAUUGAAUUAACAUGAUGUCAGUUGUAGCUUUGAUUUAAGACAAUAUCAUUUUUUGUUAUUUUUAAAGUCCCGAACAAAAAGUAUGUUGAAAUAAAUAUUUUAC